UUGAUUUUCCUAUCAAGAAGCAUUUUUUUACUAAGUAUAUUCAAAUUUCAGUUGACAUUUUAGUUUAGAAUAGAAAAGAGAUUCAGCUCUAUAUCCGAAAAUGGAAAAGAAAGAUAUUAAUAUAGAUGGUUUGGAAUCUAAUUAUGAUUAUGAUACAAUUAAAUAUUCUGACAAGUAUGUGAAAUUAAGGGCAACCAGUUUAGAAUUAAGUGAUAUAUUAAAAACUGAACAGUUGGAAAAAAUUGGUAAUUUUAUUGAGGAAGACAUUGCUGUGGAGAGUGAUUUAAUAAAAGAGAAGAAUUGUGUACAAGAUGAUAGUCCUUGGUAUGAAGAGGAGGAUAUAAAUUUGGAACAUAUGUAUAAAAUAAAUGAUGCCAAGCAGAUGGAAUUGGAAAUUUCAAACAUGACAAUGGAUUUUCAUUACAAUAAGACUGAGCCGAAAAGCGAAAUAAUUGGAGACUUUGUGAAGAAUGAAUAUCCCGUAACAAAAGAUAUCAACGUUGGUGCCAAUAUUGAUAUGUCAAAGCUGAAAAGACUCUUCGGAUCCUCGGAAAUAUUGGAAAUGCAAAAGAAUCUCGAGUUGAAUCGAAUAGAAAGUGAAUCUGAUAAAGAGAGUAAUAAUGAAUUGGAGUCGGUUUGUUGUAGAGCAACGGAAACGGAAAUACCUAUAAUACCAGAUUAUGAUAUCGAUUACGAUAACAUUUUUGAGAAUAUUGAAAAGGUGGGCGAGAUCGAGAAGAAUCUGCAGCUGCUCUACAGACCCUUCACCUGUCUCGUCGACGUCAAUUGUCGUUUCAGUCUCUUCGAACUGGCGAUUCUUCUCGACAAUUCCCGUUAUGAUCCAGCCCAUCAUCCGGCCUUAACGUUACGCCUACGUAAUCCCAGUGCUGAGGCAAAAAUAUAUGCAGGUGGUAAAAUAACUUCAACGGCUUUAACAGCCGAUUCAGCUCGCAAUGCGAUACUUAAAGUAAUUCACAUGGUCGAGGAACUGGACUACAAGACGGACAUUACAGUCUUCAGUAAGAAUAUUGUGCACGCCUCCUUCUGUCUGCCCUUUAAGAUUGAUCUGGAAAUGCUCAGUGAACUGCAUAGCGAUCAUGUUUCGGGCAAUCGAGAAGUACGACCUUUUAUAACCUAUAAAAUUGAGGGAACUACCAUGAGAUUUGCAGUAUUUCCCAAUGGUUUCAUUCUUGUUCUGCAUUCGAAGCAACACAGCGAGACCCGAGCAGCUAUAGCUGCCUUUCUGCCGAUCUUGGUACAGUUUAAGAAUGGUUAUCUUACACAUACUGAAAAGUAUGGUUCCCUAUGUGGCGAUGUAUCCUUUCGAAUCUUGUGGGAGCGCAAGCUGGAGGAAGACAGCGAAGGAAUUCUGCUCUACUCUUAAAAAAUACUCUUUAAAAGAUAUGCGAGUUAUAGAUACAAUAAAGUAGAGAAAGUCCUACAUUUAAAAAGCUUUU